GUCAGCUUUGUCUGGCGGGCGGGCGGUUCGCGAGACCCGCACUCGAGCCCGCGGCGCCGGCCGGGGGUCGCGCCGGACUGGCCCCGCGCCGAGAAUGGCCUCCGCGGCCCGGGCACAGAGGUUGGGAAGGGAGAGGCAUGUGUGUGGUCGCGCCGGCGAGUUAGCAGCGGAGCCAUCUUACCAAGAGUAGAGAAUUGGGCCACCGACCCCGGCGUCACGACGCCUCCUCUCCGCGCCGCGGGUGACGAACACGGCGCCCCGCCUGCCCACCUUCUGCCCCCGAGCGAGAGGCAAAUCCAUUUUUAGAGCUUAUGCUGGAGUUGCCUUACUCUCUGGGGUGGUCGUGCCCGGCCGCUCCGGGGAGGAGAGCGAGGCUGUCCUCGCGCUGAUUUCUGGCUCCUUGGACCAACCAGCGGGGGAGGCGGGCGCAGGCUCGGCCCCUCCGCGCCGCGGGCCGGGCGCCGGCGCUCCCCGGGGACGGCGGGUGCUCCCCCGCGGCACUCCCCAUCCGGCGCCCGGGAUGCUCCGGGCGCCCGGGGAUGCUGGUGCGCAGGCUCGCCCGGACUGGCGUGGACUCCUGUUCGACUUGGAAUGGAAAAUUAUCUAUGUGGGCUCUGCAGAAAGUGAAGAAUACGACCAAGUUUUAGACUCUGUUUUAGUGGGCCCUGUUCCCGCAGGAAGGCAUAUGUUUGUAUUUCAGGCUGAUGCACCUAAUCCAGGACUCAUUCCAGAUGCAGAUGCAGUAGGUGUAACAGUUGUGCUAAUUACAUGCACCUAUCGAGGUCAAGAAUUUAUUAGAGUUGGCUAUUAUGUAAAUAAUGAAUAUACUGAGACAGAACUAAGAGAAAAUCCGCCAGUAAAACCAGACUUUUCUAAGCUUCAAAGGAACAUUUUGGCAUCUAAUCCCAGAGUUACAAGAUUCCACAUUAAUUGGGAAGAUAACACAGAAAAGCUGGAAGAUGCAGAGAGCAGUAAUCCAAAUCUACAAUCACUUCUUUCAACAGAUGCAUUACCUUCAGCAUCAAAGGGAUGGUCCACAUCAGAAAACUCACUAAAUGUCAUGUUAGAAUCCCAUAUGGACUGCAUGUGACCACCUGCCAUCCCUUUAGUACAAAUUAAGCUAUAAAAACACACAGAACUAUUUCCCUGAAAUUCCGUAAGUACAUAGUCAAGACACAAUGUGAAGAAUUUGUUUAAAAACAUCCUGUAGAAAGUUUAUAAGAAAACCAGUAUUUGAGCAAAUUGUGGAAUAUAAAUACAACUAUUUUUAAGUAAUUUUUUUCUCUAAUGUGUUAUUUUAUUUGUUUUGAAACUAAUCUGAUUAAAAUAUAUUAUUUUCUUCUCCUCUAUAUGUAAUUAAAGCACUUAUAAAGAAAAAUAUAAAUCAUUAGACCAGGUUGUAAAGCUGUCUUAGCCUUUUGGACAAUAAUCUUUGGACCACUAUUUUACUGGCCUUCAGAAGAACAAACUUCCGACUUCAAACAAAAUGUUUCUUCUUGUGAUAAAUAGUUUGGUUUAAUGUGAGGGGCAAAUUUCCAUUCUUUUUUGUCAUGUCCUUAAAGAAAGGAUUUCAAGUCAACUAUAUGCUACCACAAACGUUAGGACCUAAUUUUCUAGGCCACCAUAUUAGUAUGGCUACUAUUACAUGGAAUGUUAGACAACAUUGUUUGGUUUCUAAGAUAACAAAUGUGGUUGUUUAACUUAAGGUCCUUUGGCUAUGGUUUUUGUUUCAUAACAGUUUAGGACACCAGAAUACUCCUUGAAUCAUAAUAUAUCAUUUUUACCCAGUGAAUUCAACAUGUCAAGAGCAGAUAUAAACUCGCUAAGUUUAAGAAUAGGAUAUUAUAAUGACUUAGAUCUAUUCAUGAGAUUUAUAAAAAUACUAUGACCUUAACUCUUCAAAACUGACUUGGUAGAUCAUCUGUUGUUGGCAGCAUUUAUAAAAGAAAAAAAACAAACUGGAUUUCAGAAGGUGUAUUUAGCUUUAUCGUAAUAGAUAAGUCACUAUUUCGGAAAUAUAUAUAUUUUCACACGUGGUACUCUUCUCCAUAUUCCUUGACACUCAUGCAGGACAAGAUUAGGCAUGUUUGUGGUUCACAUAUUUUAGAUAGCCUUUCCAGAUAAGUUUUUUAAAAGCAAUUUUGGAAAGGAAUACAUUAACUAAGUGGGCCAAAAGGUUCUUUUUCUUUGAUGAGAGCUAGGUCCUUCCUCAAAGUUUCUUAUGCUUCAUUAAAUUAAGUGUAGAACAUUCUCAUUACUCUUGCUGCUAAGCAAGACAUUAGCCAUAUGAUGCAGUUAUGCAGUGCCUUUAUAUCUAAAACUUUUAUACUGCACUUUUUAAAGCUUUUAUUUUGAGGAAGGGUAAAGGGCAUUUGUCUGAAUAUGGAUUCUAAGUUGUAUAUAUUUCCUGUCAUUCUAAAGAAGAAUUUGUGAAGCAAAUUUUGCUAAAUAUUAAACUUUGAAAUUUAAUAUACCAGAUUAUUAAAAUACCGUCCACUAACUAGUUCAUAGAUUUUAAAAAUAAAAUACAUCCAACUGUUAAAACUAUAUGAAGAAAAUUUCAUUUUUGUUUAAUUGCAAUUAAAGGAAAAUGUUAAAAUAUUAAAAUGAAAAUAAAAGUAAAAUUUUUCCACAAAGAGCUCAGUGAUUAAUAUAACAAGAACAAGAUAUAUGCUUGUUAGAAAUAAAGCAUAUAUAAGCCAAAUUGCCAGAUAAAGCAAUUUACUGCUGAGUUUUUAUUCUAAUUAUAAUGAUUGAUUUGUAUUGACACCAAGGGUUAGGUUUUUACAUCAGUUUGUAAACAGCUAAUUUUCACAAAAGGUUAAGACUUAGUUUUUAAAUCAUCUCUUACUUAAAUUUUUAUGAUAUAAGAUUUAGAAUUCAACUAUUAGGGGCUAAGAAGCUAUAGCAUGGGGUUUUAUUUUCCCCAUUUAGCUUCAUUUAUAGACACUAUCUGAAUUACAGCUAAACUGUUUGGAACAGUUUUUCUCCUUUUUGAUCACAGUAAAUGUCAUGAAAAGAUAAACAUGAACCAAUUACUUAUGCCACAGAAGAGAGAAGCAAGUAGGCUGGAGGGAAUGAGGAUAUCAGUUGAGCUAAGGAAACACUGAGGAAAUCUGAGGAGCAUGGGUGCAUUUGUUCAUUUAUAACCUUAGGCUUCCAUGUGGUCUUAUCAUUUGGUUUUAAGAUUUGGGGUUUCUGAUUUUACCAAGAAAGUCUAUGGCAGGAAUUUUCAAAACUUUUUACUGUAAUCCCUGAUUAAAAAAAAAAAGUAUGACCCUACAACACAAGUAUUUAUGUUAAUUUUCAUGAAAAUGCACCCAUAUAGUGCAUCUUUAUUGUGUGCAGUAUAUUCUGGUAUCUUUUAUUGUAUUUCAUUUUGACCCCCUGAACUGACAUUUAUCACUCUUAGGGGUUGCGAUACACAGUUUGAAGAAAGGCUGGUCUGGCCUUUUGAGUAGAUGAGACUUAGCAAUAACUUUUCUAUCAUUCUAAAAUUUAUAUUCCCCAUACCUGUCUUUUCUCUUAUAUUUGGAUUAUGAUCUUGGCAUUAAAAAAAGAGGGAAAAGUGCUAGUGUAGUGAAUCAGCAAUCAUUCACUUGAAAACUGUCCAAAUAUUCCAAAAUAACUAGUAGCCCAUCAGAUAGCCUGGAUCAUUUCUUGGCCCUCCAUAAAAUUAACUUAGGAAACAUUCCACAUAAUUACUUGGCAAACACUUUUGUUUUAUACAGAACUCUAGAACACUGGGUCAUAAGAAUUUUUAAAUGCACAUAAAGUGUUCUUUAUAUAUUCUUGCCUACUACCCUUCCAGUAUGCUGAACCUUGUCUACACCUCUCCAUUCACAAACCCCUUCUUAUCAAUGCUUAAUGUACUAUUCAGCUAAAUUUCAAAAUCUGAGAGCCCCUUAGAAUGGGCCUUUCCUUAUGUAGGACCAUUAAUGCAGCAUUUGUUGCUUUGUGAGAAGUUUUAUAGUGUAAGUUUCUCAUAAGAAAUUUCAGCACAGGCUUCCCUUAGUAAGUAGCAAAGAACAUUUGUAAAAUGGGUGAAACCAAAGGCCUAUUACAGACAGAAGUACAGGAGAAAUAUUUUCCCAAUCAAAACAGUGUAAAAAAUACAAAAUGGCAUCAAGACAUGUUUUCUAAAAAUUUUCCUAAAGUUACUUUAUAAUCAAAUCCUGACAUUCUAUCUGCAAAGGCUUUUAAAUGUACUUGAAGAAUCAUCACAAUGUAUGAAUGAAGCUCCACAGUGCAAUGAAAAUAUGCUUUCCACAUACUAAGACAAAUUUUCUACCUAAGAAUUUUCAGUAGGAGCUACUGUUGCCAUGAGAUUUAUAAGCACAAAAAUGCCUCAAGCUCUACACCAUCGAUCUACUUUGGUAAAGUGAGAUUUUUUCCCAUUUAUCUCAACAUUCUGUUUACUAGGUCUUCAUAAAAUGCCAGAUGGUGCAUGCUUUUUCCACAUUAAAUAGGAUCUUUCAAAACUAAGAUGCAAAAAGAUAUAUGGGAUAAAUUUUAGGAAAAUAAGUGAAAGUGGAGCUUUUAAUAUACUUUCUUAGAGCUACAAAAGUACUAUUUUCUUCAAUUUUUGCCAGUAACUCAAAAAUUAGCUUGAAAUUUAUCCUAUGUUAGAUACUUUUUCAUCAGAAAAACAUUGUGCUAGUGUCUGUAGUAAAG